CCUGUGCUCUCUCCUCCUCUCCCGCUCCUGGGAUGUGUUCUGGCUGCUGAAGACACGACUGCUGCUGCUGAUGCUGCUGAUGCUGCUGCUGGGGUGGAGGGUCCAGGCCAUGCUCGCCUCACAUCAGAUGAUCAUGCUCUGCUGCAAAGACCUGAGCCUUGGAGUCACCGGGGGCAGACACGCACCAAGCCCAGUGACAACACACAGACAUGCGUCCUGCUGUUGAUAAGACCAAGGAGCAAAGGCCCAUCUGGACCUUGACUGGUCCUAAGCAAGGCAGCGAUGGCAAAGCGAGAUUACCUGGUGGAGGCAGCCAAGCAGAUCCGCAUGGCGCUGGAUAGUGAGGUCAAUGAAGACUAUGAGGCAGCUUUCAGUUACUACAAGAAUGGGGUGGACUUACUGCUGAAUGGGGUUCAGUUGGAUCCAAACAAAGACCGGCGGGAGGCUGUGAAGAGGAAGACAACCCAGUAUCUGAAGAGAGCCGAGGAAAUCUUUAUCACACAUCUACAGGAUAAUCUAGGAAAAGGGAGCUCUCAUUUAGGGGGCUACAGCAGUCUGAGAUUCCGUCCAAUCAGACACUUGAGUUCACCCGUAGAGGAUCUGGAGAUGUGUAAGGUGGUGGGAGUGACCGAUAAGGUCCUGAUUGUCCAAAGUAUGAUCAACAAAGAGACGUUUGUUGUGAAGAGUUUGGUGAAGUCGAGCUGGGAGAGCAGGGACCAGCCAACCAUCAUUCCUCAAGGGGUGCCAUACAUGGUGAAGCUGCUAAGAUAUUAUGUCAGUGAGGAUGCUGUGUACCUACAUCUUGAGCAUGUCAAAGGUGGGAGGCUCUUCUCCAAGCUGCACAAGCUGAAAAACGAGAAAGCCAAGGAGCACCCGGAAUGCUUCACUUCUGGCCAGCACAGCAUCAAGCUGAAGACCAGCCACACCUCACCCACAAUCAGCACAGACUACCAGCACAACAGCAGACAGAGCACAGCGGGGAUUCCAGAAAAACUAAGCGAUGAGAGCCCAGAUACAGACUUCAUAACCUCAUGGGACGAGACUCAGCAGCGACUGGAAAGCUGUGGGACUCACUCCUACAUCGAAGAGACAGGCUGCCUGCAGAACACUCGCUCUGCAGCGUCGUUUUAUACCAAGCUCGAUCGGCUAACUCUGCAUUCUGGCCCGACGAGGACACAAGUCAAUACCCACAUCCAUCCACCAGCUCCCAGUUUGUGUUUGCACUCCAGUGAAACUCAGGAAAAGCCUGCGCUUCCGCUCUCAUGCGCUCGUGUCAGUCAAGCUCUUGAUGUCAUGUCGGAACUCCAUAAAAAGAAACCAGUGAUGGGACUGAUAGAGUGCAGCUCUGAUUUCGAAGUGGCUUGGAAAGCUGCAGAUCCAGCGCACAACUGUGAGAAAAUCAACCCCUAUGCAGUGACUGACAGUGUUUUACCAAGCACACUAGGACAAACUGCACCUCAUACAAAUCAGACCUCAUUUACGAAAGCGGGAUCGCCAAACAGUGAAAAUAACGGUUUGAGUUCCUCGCCUGCCAUUUUGCAUCUUCCUCUCCAUUGCCAAACCCAGAUCCGAGGCAGGGCAUCGUGGGAUACCAACGGCUCUCACCAGGGAUCUGUUCUAAGUGGAACCUCUGCAGAAGUAGUUACGGACUCAAAGCAGGACAGCAGCAGUCCCAAUGCAGAAGAAAGAAAUGGAAUGAUCGUCCUCAGGAGCACAGACAGAGCAGUGUUCUCUGACCACACUGAAACAAAGACCACCUCAGAAAGUUCUUGGCCUUCCUCUGCCUCCCUCUGCCACAGCGUUGGAGUAAAACAAGGGACAUAUAAAUUACAAAGGGAAACAUGUUCUACUGUGGCAAAAGAAGGUGUAGAGGAGGCCUGUGAGCUCAUUAGUCCUGGAGAAAAGAAAUCAUUUGUAGACUGGUUCUCCUCUGGCCCUGCUGGAAGUCCACCUAACACGGGGAGAGAAGAUGUGGAUGCUUUCCUUAAACCAGAAGCACCAGAGGGGCAGGUAGACGACCAGAUCAUAGAGGUGGACGGCUGGUGCCACUUGCCUCGGUUCCCCGUCAAACCCUCCAGGCCAGCGGAUAAGACCAUGCAGACCUGCUGGGGGCUUCCCGAAGCAGAGGUGCGUGUCUGGGGGGCACAGAUCCUGUUGGCCCUGGAGAGCCUGCAUCAGCAAGGCAUCCUGUGUCGGGAUCUCAACCCUAGAAACAUUCUGCUCACCAGCAACGGGAAGGUGUGUUUGACUUUUUUCAGCCAGUGGAGCGAGGUUCAGUCAGAGAUCAGCUCCAAAGCAAUGGAACAGAUGUACUGUGCUCCAGAAAUCGGUGGGGUGUCGAGGAUUACAGAAGCUUGUGAUUGGUGGAGUCUUGGGGCUUUGCUGUUUGAACUUCUAACAGGAAUGCCGCUGUGGCAGCUCCAUCCAGCAGGAAUCCACUCCCACACCCAGCUGCUCAUCCCCGACCACCUGAGCACUGCAGCUGCGUCUCUGCUCACCGAGCUGCUUCAGUUCGACGCUGGCUAUCGCCUGGGUUCUGGAGGUGGAGGUGUAAGCGACAUCAAGUGUCAUCCCUUCUUCUGCGGAGUCUCCUGGAAAGCUCUGAGCUGCUAGAAGGAGCGACUGAUUCCUGCGUGCUGCAUUUGAAGAUGAACACUCAGCUGAAUACGAGCAUCCUAAUACGCCCCAGACGGAUGUAGCACCAGAUACUGUUUUCAGUCGCAUUUUGUGCUUCCCAAAGAAAAAAAAUGAUAUAAUAAAAACUGAAACUACUGAACGAUGUCCCACAGAAAACAAAGAGAUCUAUUACUUUACACAUCUGACGCUCAUAUGGAAACUUAAGGAUGCAAGUGAAGCAAAUUUGAUAAGUUUUACACAUGAGCAGAUGAACUUCAUUAUCACCAUGCAUGAGAACUGAUGCCACCUAAAACGUAAUUGUGACAAUUUCAAAUUUUUGGACGAUCUACUAUCAGUUAUUAUAUAAAGACAAUGAGGCAAUAAAUUGUUUCAUCUUCUUUGCAUA